CUCCAAGUACAAGGGGGUAUCCACCACCAACUUCAAUUUCAAUGCAACAUUAGCCACCCUAUAUAACACAACACAACCCUUUUAUUUGCUAUCCUUUUCCUUCAUUUGUUGCCCUUUUACUAUUUAUUCCUUCUCUUAUCAUACACAGAAUCUACGAGAACAAAAAACGGACCUUUCUUCUUACCUUAUGUAAAAGACAAUUAUGCUCGAGUUAAUAAGAUCGAUUUUGUGAUUCAAAUCUGUUAUCUCAAAAGACUUUUUUUUUUCUCCUGUUGCAGACAGCAUCAUACAAAAGUGACAACCCUGUUAGAGUUGGAUAAGAAAGAUUUCUUCUUUACCUUGUGUUGUUAUCUUAAGGCACGAAGGAGAGAAUCAAUAGAAUGAACGACUUGUUAUCGAGUUUGUUCUCAAAGGGAAAGCAGCAGCAACAACAAGAAGGGCAGCACGUGAUUGAAAUAACACAAAGUUGCAUGAACUUGGACAAGUUCUUCGAAGAAGUGGAAUCGGUGAAGGAAGAACUGAAGGAGCUAGAGCGUCUCCACCUAAGUCUCCGUGCCUCAAACCAAAACGGAAAAGCGCUUCACAGCCCCAAGGGCGUUAGGGAGCUUCGGUCUCGCAUGGACCUGGACGUCGCUCUUGCUCUCACCAAAGCCAAGCUCGUGAAGACUCGCUUGGAGGCUCUCCACCGCGCCAACCAAGCCACCCUCUCCUUGGCCGACUGCGGACCCGGUUCGUACUCCCACCGGACCCGAACCGCACUGGUCGGAGCCUUGACCAAGAAUCUGAAACAGUCCAUGGAGAGUUUUAAUAAGCUGAGGGAGCAGAUAUCGUACGAGUACAGAGACACCGUGCAACGUAGAUACUACGCUGUCACCGGAGAGAACCCUGAUCCUGACACCAUUGAUCUCCUAAUCUCUACGGGUGAGAGUGAAAGUUUCUUACAGAAAGCCAUCCAGCAGCAAGGGCGAGCCAGCAUCAUGGACACCAUCCAAGAGAUUCAGGAGAGGCACGGCACGGUGAAAGAGAUAGAGAGAAGUCUACACGAGCUGCACCAAGUGUUCUUGGACAUGGCAGUGUUGGUUCAACAUCAGGGUGAACACUUGGAUGACAUAGAGAGCCACAUGGCGCUUGCAAAUUCCUCCGUCAUCAAAGGUGUGCAUCAUUUGCAGGUUGUGAAGAAUCAUCAGAAAAACACCCGUAACUUGACCUGCUUUGCCAUACUCCUCUUCAUUAUCGUUUUGGUCAUAGUUCUCCCCAUUGUUUUCAGAAGUUGAUCAGGUUUUCAUGUCAAACUGUGUGAUUAUUGAUAGUGGUGGCAAGGUGAAGAGAUGUCAAAGCUCAUUUGACCUUCUUCCCGUGUGAAAAUGGCUUUCAUUCUGUGAUCGUAUAUGUAUUUUGGUAACGUUUUGUAUACUUUUUCCUUGCCGCUGUUUAACGACUGUUUGAGGAAUUUUCCGACAAUGGAACUUUUACUUGCAUAUGAAGGCUGAAGCUAAAGCCCUUUUAUCUCCUCCUGGCCUCUUUCAAAGAAGGGUAAAGAGAAGAGAAUGGAAGAAAGGGUUACGGUGGGGUGAUGUUGUUCAUGUUAACAAGUGUAUAUAUAUAU